AUGGCCCAGAAAUCCUGGUCCUUGGCUGAGCGCCUGCUUUGCCUGCUGCCCAGUCCCAGGCUGACGCCAAGCUUCUUCAAGCACCUCGACAAGGUGAUUGGGAUGGAGCGCUUCGGCGCGAAGCCAGAUCAGGAGAGGCUGGCGGAACUGAACAGCCUCACAGAGUAUCUGCAG